GUCGCUGUUAUCAGCGCCGUUACAACUUCCUACCAUGAAUUAGGGUUACUGGUUAGCGCAAACCUGCAAAAUAUUAUAUUGUACAAUUUAUUAAUGUGCAAUAAUGCAUGUGGUGCACUCGGUGGCCAUCGACGGCAACAGCAGCAACAACAACAAUAAGUACUAACAGUCAACAACAACUCCGCCGUGAUCACGAACCGAUCUUGACGCCAAAAACUGAAAAACAGAGACGCAAAUGGCGGGGUUGUUGAAUAACAUCCGCCUCAGGGUAACUAGAUCGUGGUUGGGAUAAUAUAUCAAAUCAUAUGCGCGACCCGUUUUUUUAUUCUUCUGAAAUCCCCGUACGAUGAGCAUUUACAAAAAGGUCGACUUUUACGAGCUGUGCCGGCUCUGCAUGUGCGUAGGCGGCAAGAAACACCAUUUAUUCAAGAGUCAGGAGAGCAGCGAUCGGCAGCUACAGCUCAAACUGAAAAAGUGUAUACCUUUGCAGAUCAAAGAAAGUGAUACUUUACCAAAAGGAGUAUGCGAAAACUGUAUAGCAAAAAUGGAAGAAUUGUACGAUUUUAUAGACCAAUGUGUAAAUACUGAAUCUAUGUUAAAAAGUUACUGUGCAACUUUAAGUAUUUCUGAUCAAGCAAAAUGCCAAGGAAAAGUUUAUGUACGAGAAUCUUUAGAAAAUAAUUCUGUAAGUACAAAGAAAAACAAUAGCUCUGAUCAUUCAUCAUCUAUGCUUACGAUGCAAAGCCUGUCAAAUCUUGUUCAGUCUGGUUCAAUACAAAUAGUAAAUGAUAUAAACAGUAAAUAUCAAGAUUUCUGUAAAUAUGACAAUAUGCAGCAAGUUAUAACUAGUACAACUAAUGGAGUUGAAUCCAUGAAGUACAAUUAUACAAUAGCCAAUAAUUCAAAUCAGUCAGUUCAAACAGAUUCAUCUAAUGAAGAAAAUGAUGCCAGUGAAAAUGUUCAAACCAUUUACUCUAUGCCUGAUAUUCCUAGUUCAGAUAAAGAAGAUUCUGAAAUUAACAUAAAUUCUUUAAGUUAUGUGACUCCAUUAACUGUUGAACCAGAGAUGCUUCAUUUUCAAUUUAAUAAAUCUGAUAAUGAUCAAGAUUCCGAUUUGGAUAAUAGUAAGUCUAAUGAUAAAACUUAUAUGAAUGGGUUUUUACCCACGGAUGGAGCUCUUGCAUCAUGCACUGCAUGUGGGAAAGUAUUAGAAUCUGAGGAAGAAAUUGUUAUGCACAGUCAGAUGUGCAAAGCUAUGAACAAUAGAAGUGUUUCUAAUUUGCCAACAAGAAGUGCAAGAGAUAUGAUGCCUCCAAGAUUUCCUUGUGAUGUCUGUGAGAAAAAGUUUAAAAGGAAAGAGCAUUUAAUUCAACACAGGAAACUCCAUACUGGGGAACGACCAUACAGUUGCGAGACAUGCUCUAAAUCAUUUAGUCGUAAAGAACAUCUUAUGCGUCACAUGUUGAGUCAUACAGGUCAACGAUUGUAUGGUUGUGAUUUGUGUCAUAAACAUUUUAGUCGUAAAGAUAAUCUUCACAAACAUCGAACCACACAUGGAGUGACUGGACCUCUUGUCUGUGAAGUUUGUGGUAAAUCAUUUAUUGUAAAACACUAUUACGAUAUGCAUAUGGCAACACAUGAUGUUGAGGAUAAUCAGUUACCAUAUGCAUGUGACAUAUGCAAAAAACGGUUUGCUACAAGUCAAUUUUUAGUUGCACAUCAGUUCAAACAUCAGACCAAAGGUUGUACUAAUAGUCUUAAAUCGGAGUCUGGAUCCAUUAUUGGAAAAUUGCAAAAUGAAUUACAGGUUGAUCUUCAAAGGAAGCAAAAUCAACUAUCUAAUGUGCCAAAUACAAAUACAUAUCAAGUAUCUUACGAAGAAAAUAAUUCGUAAAUAAUAACAAAAAGGUCUAAAUCCCAAAAUGUUCAGGUUUUCAGGGUGAUAAUUAUGGGUUCCUACAAACACUAGUUUUAGAUUUUAGUCAUAUUAUUUUGUACUUGUAUGUUACAUUUUAAUUAUUGUCACACUACACCAAAUUUUAUGACUAUUGAAAGAAUGACUCAAGAUUUUAAGUUAUUUUUGUGUAGAAUAAUUAUUUUUUUAAUUUUUGGUGGUUUUGCCAAUUAUUAUUUUUUUAGAAAAUCAAAACAUUAGUAAAUUAUGUUUACAAUUAACUUUAGUGCCUUUACAUUUAAAUUAUAUUUUAUGGUACAAUAUAAUCAACUUAAUCUGAGGACAGAUCCUAUAUAAACAUAUCACAGUGUAAAUGGUUGAAUGUUCCAUACAUAUCCACAUUUUGGAGUUUUUU